GCGCUGGGGGGGGGAGGGGCAGGGCUCAGGCCCUUUUGAAGCCGCCAAGUCACUUGCCCCUGUUCAGGACCCAGGCCGAGCCCGGGCACCAGUUAGGCCAGUUUCAGGGCCGCUCUCCUGCCCCAACGCUGGCGGGCAGCCGCGAUCAGCCAGAGCAACACGCUGCCCCUCCCGGCCUGAGCCCAGAGCCAGCCCCGUGCCUAGGGCCCCGCCGCAGGGGCCGGAAGGCCUAGGGGGCCCCUGCCGCAGCCAGGCCCGGCUCGUGCAGCAGCCGCACCCCGCAGGUCAGCCAGACCCGGCCGGGCGCCAGGCGUGUGGCGGUGCCAGCAUGGCCCAUGCAUCGCCCUGCACGGCCGCGGGGCUUUCCCGGGGGUGCUGCCGGGAAAUGCUCACUGCACCGGGGACACACUUGCAAAAUCCCUUCCUCCCCUCCCCCCAUCGCCGCCGAUUGAUAAGUGCCUGGGACGCUCGCCAGUCCCAGAGCGCUUCCACUCCGCUCCAAGCUGCGACCCGAUCCCGGCUGGGGAGGCGCGGGUUUGCCUGCCGCAGGCAUCGUCCCUCACCGAGAGCCGCGCGCGGGGGAGAUAUGGAGAAAAAUUCUUCCAACAUGAUCCCUCUUGCUGAAAAUUCUCCUAAUAAACAAGAGACUGUGUGUAUUUUUGGAACAGGAGAUUUUGGAAGAUCUCUGGGGUAUAAAAUGCUCCAGUGUGGCUACUCAAUAGUGUUCGGAAGCCGAAAUGCACAGACUUCCAGUCUGAUUCCCAAAUGCACAGAGGUGCUGAGCCAUGGAGAGGCUGUUCAGAAGGCUGACAUUAUUAUUGUAGCAAUUCAGAGACAACAUUACAACUUUCUCACAGACUUAACUGAAGUUCUUCAUGGAAAAGUAUUGGUGGAUGUAAGCAACAACCUCAAAAUAAACCAAUAUCCUGAAUCCAAUGCAGAAUACCUUGCUCAACUGGUGCCAGGCACUAAGGUAGUGAAAGCAUUUAACACUGUGUCAGCAUGGGCCUUGCAAUCAGGCACGUUGGAUGCAAGCAGACAGGUGUUUGUCUGUGGAGAUGACAACAAAGCCAAACAAAUGGUGAUGGAUAUUGUUCGGACUCUUGGUCUUACACCAUUGGAUCAAGGCUCUCUCUUGGCAGCCAAAGAGAUAGAAAAUUACCCACUGCAGCUCUUUCCAAUGUGGAAGUUUCCCAUCUACUUGGCUAUUGGCCUAAGUGCAUUUUUUUUCAUCUACAGUUUGAUCCAUGAUGUAAUCUACCCCUACAUAUAUGAAAACAAAGAUUUAUCAUUUUUUAUUGCAAUUUCCAUUCCAAAUCGGGUCUGCCCCAUAGUGGCACUCAUCCUUCUUGCUUUGGUUUACCUUCCUGGCAUAAUUGCUGCAAUUCUCCAGUUACACAGAGGUACAAAAUACAGUCGUUUCCCAGAUUGGCUAGACAAAUGGAUGCUCUGUAGAAAACAGCUUGGAUUAGUAGCCUUGGGUUUUGCUUUUCUACAUGUUUUGUACACUCUUGUUAUCCCUAUUCGCUAUUAUGUAAGAUGGAGAUUAAAUGUUUACGUCAUAUCUCAGAUAAAGGACAACAGAACAGAUCCAUUUAACAACACUAGCGGCUGGAUUAGUGACUCUUACGUGGCUUUAGGCAUCCUGGGAUUUUUUCUGUUUGUCUUGCUGGGAAUAACUUCCUUGCCCUCUGUCAGCAACAGCAUCAACUGGAGAGAAUUUCGAUUUGUACAAUCCAAACUGGGAUACCUGACACUGAUUUUGUGCACUGCACAUACGCUGGUCUACGGUGGGAAGAGAUUCUUGAACCCUUCAAUGUAUAGAUGGUAUCUUCCUGCAGCAUAUAUGCUUUCUCUCAUUGUUCCUUGCAUUGUCCUGGCCAUUAAAUUUGUUCUGAUAUUCCCAUGUAUAGACCGACCACUCACACAUAUUCGACAGGGCUGGGAGAGGAACGCCAAAGGUUCAAAACAAGCAAAUUACAAUGAUAGCAAGUUAGCAGUAUAAUCACUUAGUAAACACCGAAUCUAUAUAUCAUUGCAAUAUCUCAAAAACUUAAACUUUUAUAUUAAAGUAAUGUCCUUUCCCAGUUUUAUGUGCAGGAAAAGGCAAAAAGGAGGAAGCUUUGCCAGGUCUGAGCAAUUUAUCGAUAUAAAAAAUGACAUAGGGCCAGUCUUAAACACAAAUAAAGCCAGAAGCCACUGGGAAUGCUCUGUGACCCAGGAGCUGGUUUCAUCUCCCUCUCAUUCACUUUAUAAACUCACUGCCCAGUCUGACCCUUCCCACUCAUCUGGCAUCAAGACAGGAGGAAGAAACUCUGCCUGAUUUCCAUCCUUUUAUUAGUAUGGAAUCCCACUCUGGACAGGGCACCACCAAUUGUUAGGCUGGCCCUGCCUCCACCAUGGGCAAAGAAGAGCUUAGCUCUUUGAUGGCUUUGCUUGCUCUCCAUUAACCUCUGUUUCAGAAGAGGUAUAUAGCUACACGCCAUAUAUACCUUAAAGAUAGCUGGCCAAGAUUUGUUUGGUUUAUGUACAGAAAUGUUAUUGUUGGAAGUGGGUGGACCAGUGGGCCUUGCCACACUGAACUACUGCAAACUCAGGUAUGAUGGCUGCUGGGAAGCGGGGAAGAGAGAGACUUUUCAAAAUCAUUGGAUAAGGAAAGUGGUGUCAGGAAAAGACAUACCUUAGUUAUGGUGAUUACAAAUGUGUGAUUCUCCAUAUAGUGCAAAUGAAGAGUGACCACUGAUUGAGAUUGUGAUUAUGCUGCAUUCUCAAGUUAAAUCAAUUAGUCAUUUUGCUUAAUAUGAAUUUGUGGCCAGAUUUAUUUAGUCUAUGCUUGUAAUGAGUUAUAAUCGUUGGUGUAAUAUGCUGGUUUAUUGGAAUUUUUUGUUAUAAAUUCAAUAAAGAGGAGGUCUUUUGCUUUCCAAAA